AUGACCCCUCCCUUCUCGGACAUGACCAACGUCUGGAUCUGCGUGUCCAGGAGUGGCCCCUCCGUCCCCCUGGCUGGGAAUGGCUCCGCUCUCCGCUCUGGAGGAACCCAGGCCACUCACCUGACCCUGCUCCUCUGUGUGCUUGUGGCAUGGGUGCCCCCCUUGCCUGCAGGACCAGAGGGCUACCCCAGGGGACGGGCAGCGGUCAGGGGCAAGGCUGGCAAAUGGGAGGACAAGCAGGUCCGGAGCAACAGCGCGGGGAAGCAGGUGCUCAAGAACCCAUGGUGGGGGCUGCUGGGUUCAGGACAAGGAGGCUGGUGUGGCUGGUGCACAGAGGACGUUGCUAGUGUAACGUGGCAGGGCUGCACGCCGCGGCAUCGAAGGGCAGGGAGAACGAGAGGCGCUGGGGAUGCUUCGCGGCGGCGGCAGGACCAGGUAACCUCGCUGGCUCCGGUGCGGGACGCCCUUGGGGAGCUGCUGGUCUCAAUCAGACUGAGAGCCGGGCGAGGACACAGUUUCUCCUCUCUCAGACCCCGGAGUUCUCCAGCCUACCUUUUCCGGCUCCCCAUGAGCAUUUCCAAAUUGAAAAAAAAAAUUAAAAAUACGUGUGGAAAAAUACAGUAA